CGUGUGCUUAGCUCUCCGAAUGCCGCCAACUCGGUUAGUUGGACCAUCUUCGGCAUCGGCAUUUACUCUUUUCUACGCAUCGCACCAAAAAUUACAAGAUAUUGCGUAGAUGGGACCAUUUCUGCGUCUCCGAUUCGAUCCAUUUUAUUCCCGGGAUGCGUGGGUACGAUGUUCCGAUGAUACUGUGGGGUAGAUGCUCGCUUUCACCCGAUUCCCGAUGUAGUUUCGUCUCAUGCACGGUCAGACAAGCAGCCUUGUGAGUGGUCAACAUCUAUCCUUAAUCAGCAAUCCCGAUGACUGCAAACUUAGAUGCGACGUCCUUUCUCAUCACUCUUCACUCCUCCAUCACCUCUCUACGCCACCUCAUCUCUCUACGUUCGCUUAG